AAUGUAUUAUUUUAAAAUUUUUCUUUUCAAAAAAUUUCUCCUCUGUGGAAUUUUAAGAGCAAAUAGUGAUUCCUUCCAAUGUUAAAAUUUGAAGAAAUGAACAAUGUUUUGUGAAAUUGUAUUCAUCCAUUAUUUUUAUUUGCCUUAUGUGAUAGAGGUGUCUCACUUCAUUUAGGCAAUAUUUGUUUCAGCGUGUAGUAAUAAUAAUCCCAUAUAACUAUGUAGCCCUUUACUAUUUACAAAAGGAUUUUCGUAUCCAUUACCUCAUUAGCUCUUCACAGCAAUCCUGUGAAGCAGUCAGGUUAGGUACUAUUAUCUCCAGUUAAUAAAUAAGGAAACUUAGGCUCAGAGAAGUUAAGUGACUUCUUCAGAGUCACACAGCUAGAACAUUAUAGAUUUGGAAACUGAACCCAGGUUUCCUGAUACCUAUCCCUAGUGCUCCUUCAAUUGUAUCAUGCUUCCUUCCUAAGAAACUAUCUCCUUUUUGUUCCUACUCAUGAUUAAUUUUAAAAUUAGUCUAAAAAUGUACUUUAGCAGAUGAGUAAAACUGAAGCACUUACAGGUAAAGUGCCUUCUUAAGAUCACCUAUCAAGUGGGUCCUGCAUAUAGCUCUUGGCUUUUCACCUUGAUUUUAACUGAACUAUUUUAGACAUAGAUUUGCUUUUCAGUGUUAAAUAUAUGCACAAAAGUUGUGUGAUCCACUGAUUAUAGGUGUGAAAGCUACACUUGGGGAAUGGGACUAGGGAUAAAAAGUUGGCUUAAAAUAAUUAGCUUCUUGCCUUUUUGUUAAGCGAUGUCAUGUUCAAUAGAAUUUAAUUUCUUUAUACUUCCUUUGCUUCCAAUAUAAUUCUUUAGGGAAAAUUAGCAAAUAUUCCUUCUGAAUGUUGAUUUCUCAGGAACAAGGGUAGCUAGAGGAAAGAGAAAGUGGAGGGGUGACUUUUCAUAUCCUAUAAGAGUGGGCAAGCAUUAUUUUGUUUGGAGCUGCGAGCUAAGAUUUCUUCUAAGGCAUGCAAAUCGUAAAGUUCUGAUUUGUCAACUGCAUGCUGUUUCUUUAGGCACUGAUGUAUGAAAUCCCGAAGAAUUCUCCGAUGAACAUACUGCUAAUUGCUUCUCCACCUGCUCUCCAACCUCCUCCACCCCACCCCCUCCACUCCCAAUUCAGCCUAUAAGUGUCCGUCAUUGGAGAUGGAUGGUGACACAUGCAGUAAUAGCAAUUCAUAAAAGCCAGUUCCAGCCCUUGUCUUCAAGGCUCCUGGAUUUUCCACUGCCUGCUUUUGUGUAAGUGAAGUGGAUGGAAGUGCUACUGGCAUCAGAAUCCACCUCCCUUUGCUCCGUUGCUAAAGCUCAGUUGCUCGGCUGGAGCUGAGCUAAACAGAAGCAUCGGAUCUGAGCUGAAUUGUGGCUGUUUUUUUUCCCCUCAAUGGGGGGGUGGGUUAGGGAUAGUGUGUAGUGGGGGUUUGAGGUGCUUUGGCUUUUCUUUUUGUGGAGAGAAGAGGGUAAGGAGAGAAUAACUCACGAUAGGAUACAACGUGAAACAGUUCCCUGAAGAGUGUCACAAUGUUCCUGGUACAAUAUACAGGUACAGUAUGUUUAUUUUUUCUGAAAUUUCCUUUUUGUUUCAAAGUGCAUUUCUCUUUCUUAUUUUGCCUUCAGUUCAACUCUGCUGAAGGAAAAGUAAGGUUCUAAUGAGCUAAAUAAAAUAGCCGCAUAAAACCUGCCUGCCCCCAGCUAUAAUGUUUGUAGCAGAUUGCUGUGUAAAAUCUGGGUUUUCUGUUAAAUUGGUAGUGGUAGUCCUGAUCCCUUAAUUGUGCACGCUUCUCUGCUGUAUUCUUGUAUUGAAUUUCCGAAGUCUGAUGUCUGCAACUGGUAGUAUGUGACAUAGCCUAGAGUAUUUGCACAGAAGACACAGUGCUUUGGAAGCAAAAAGCAAUUUCUAAACACUUAGUAUGUUAUGUUUCUCUUGAGUUUAUUAACUCCUGUAUUUGUUAAUUGGUAGUAUAGAUUUGGGAUAUAGUUAAGAGUAAGGAAACUUCAAAUAGAAAGUAUUCUAGAACACGUGUGUUUGGUAAAUUUAUUUUUAUUUCAUUAUUGAACUUAGGUUGAUGAACAUUAUAUAUUAUUGUUGUUUGUUUAUUCUCCUGAUAGAAAAAAAGUGCUGGGAACAGCAAGGCUAAAAAUACCAGCCCCAAACCAUCUGUAUCGUAAAGUAUCAUUGGAUCAAAAGUGUUUCUUAAGUAUUCUCUUAAGCUUUCAGAAACAUAUUGGUCCAUAAUAAUGAAGAACUUGAGACUCUGAUCAGGUAUUAGUGAAUGUUGUUUGAAAGGCUUCUUAUACACAAUUAGACAGAAAAGAUCCUUGCAAAUGAAAAAAAACCCGAGAAAGUUUUACUUUCUUGCUGAACGAAACAGAAGCUUAGUUCCUACAACCACAUGUUUUGAUAAGUUUGAAUAUCAUUUAUUGUCAAGGAUUUUCAUCUUCAUUCUUGCUUUAUUAUUCUUAAAAUAUUGUGCUCCUGUGCUUAAGAGCUAAAAGAUCAUAUUCUGUUUUGAUGCGUGGUUUGACAGUUGAUUUCGCUCCUCAUUAAUUGGACAGCAUGCAGAUGAUGUGGAGAAGUGAGUGAGUGACAAUAUUUCAAGGUUACGUUGAAGAGCAUACAGUGAACCUUAGUGCCUGGACCAACAGCUGCUGAAUUGAAUUGUCUGCAAUUAAAGCAACAGCAGCUGAUAGUAAUAGAACUCUGAAUGUGGAUUCCACUGCAAUGACACUACCUAUGUCUGAUCCAACUGCAUGGGCCACAGCAAUGAAUAAUCUUGGAAUGGCACCGCUGGGAAUUGCCGGACAACCAAUUUUACCUGACUUUGAUCCUGCUCUUGGAAUGAUGACUGGAAUUCCACCAAUAACUCCAAUGAUGCCUGGUUUGGGAAUAGUACCUCCACCAAUUCCUCCAGAUAUGCCAGUAGUAAAGGAGAUCAUACACUGUAAAAGCUGCACACUCUUCCCUCCAAAUCCAAAUCUUCCACCUCCUGCAACCCGAGAAAGACCACCAGGAUGUAAAACAGUAUUUGUGGGUGGCCUGCCUGAAAACGGGACAGAGCAAAUCAUCGUGGAAGUGUUUGAACAGUGUGGAGAAAUCAUUGCUAUUCGGAAGAGCAAAAAGAACUUCUGUCACAUUCGCUUUGCUGAGGAGUACAUGGUGGACAAAGCCCUUUAUCUGUCUGGUUACCGCAUUCGCCUGGGCUCUAGUACUGACAAGAAGGACACAGGCCGGCUCCACGUUGAUUUUGCACAGGCUCGAGAUGACCUGUAUGAGUGGGAGUGUAAACAGCGUAUGCUAGCCAGAGAGGAGCGCCACCGUAGAAGGAUGGAAGAAGAAAGAUUGCGUCCACCAUCCCCACCCCCAGUGGUCCACUAUUCAGAUCACGAAUGCAGCAUUGUUGCUGAAAAACUAAAAGAUGAUUCCAAAUUCUCAGAAGCUGUGCAGACUUUGCUCACUUGGAUAGAGCGAGGAGAGGUAAACCGUCGCAGUGCCAAUAACUUCUAUUCCAUGAUCCAGUCGGCCAACAGCCAUGUCCGCCGCCUGGUAAAUGAGAAAGCGGCCCAUGAGAAAGACAUGGAAGAAGCAAAGGAGAAGUUCAAGCAGGCCCUUUCUGGAAUUCUCAUUCAAUUUGAGCAGAUAGUGGCUGUGUACCAUUCUGCCUCCAAACAGAAGGCAUGGGACCACUUCACAAAAGCCCAGCGUAAAAACAUCAGCGUUUGGUGCAAACAAGCUGAGGAAAUUCGCAACAUUCAUAAUGAUGAACUGAUGGGAAUCAGGCGAGAAGAAGAAAUGGAAAUGUCCGAUGAUGAAAUAGAAGAAACAACAGAAACAAAAGAAACUGAGGAAUCAGCCUUAGUGUCACAGGCAGAAGCUCUGAAAGAAGAAAAUGACAGCCUUCGUUGGCAGCUUGAUGCCUACCGGAAUGAGGUAGAACUGCUAAAGCAAGAACAAGGUAAAGCCCACAGAGAAGAUGACCCAAACAAAGAACAGCAGCUGAAGCUCCUGCAACAAGCCCUGCAAGGAAUGCAGCAGCAUCUACUCAAAGUCCAAGAGGAAUACAAAAGGAAAGAAGCUGAACUUGAAAAAGUAAAAGAUGAUAAGUUGCAGGUGGAAAAAAUGUUGGAAAAUCUUAAAGAAAAGGAAAACUCUCCUGCCAGACUGUGUGCAUCAAGCCAGGAUACUGAGUAUCCUCUUGAGAAGACCAUGAACAGCAGUCCUAUCAAAUCUGAACGUGAAGCACUGCUAGUGGGGAUUAUCUCUACAUUCCUUCAUGUUCACCCAUUUGGAGCAAGCAUUGAAUACAUCUGUUCCUACCUGCACCGUCUUGAUAAUAAGAUCUGCACCAGUGAUGUAGAAUGUCUCAUGAGUAGACUCCAGCACACCUUCAAGCAGGAGAUGACUGGAGUUGGAGCCAGCCUGGAGAAGAGAUGGAAAUUCUGUGGCUUUGAGGGCUUGAAAUUGACCUAAAUCUCUUUGUCUAACAACUUGGGAUCCUGAAAAUAAAUGUGUGUUGGACAAGCUUAGAAAGUGAUUUGUAUUUUAAAUGAUUCUCGAGUGGAAAUUGAUUUAAAUUUGUCAAUUCGUUCCUUGAAUAUGUUUUGAGUUAAAAUAAGGAUCCUAGAACAGCACCUCGAGCUACAGGCCCUAAAAAGAAAUUGCCUCAAACCUCAAGUGCUGUAACUUCUUUCCCUUUGUGUCAAUUGGUUGUCUUUAAGUAUUGAAAAAGUCCUGAGACUAAAGAGUAUUUGCAGUGUUUUUGGUGUCUGUACUACUGUUGUAACCCUUGGUAUUUUUUUAAACACUGUUAACUGAAAUGUUUCGAUGAUUUGUAUGUGACUUGUGUUUUCAAACUUCUCUUUACAUUAAUGUUGCUACUGGUGAAAGGAAUGAGAGCAGCAGUGCUUGGUAUCCUGUGUAACUGCCAUUGUCUUUCCAAUCCCCAGUAGACCUGUAAAUGAUUAACACAUCAGUGUCUUCUAGAAGGUGCUUGACCACGUUCACCUUUUAAAUGACAAAGCAUGGAUUGUGGCUUUUUGCAAAAUUACUAUAAACCAAACGUUGACAAAUGUUCCAAAGUUAUUUUGUCUAAUAUAUCAUAUGAAAGGUCUAUUUCAAAAUUUUAAAGAAUAGAUCUAGAUGUAUUCGCAGAAAGCAAGUAACCAGUAUGACUGGCAUGUGUUUGUGCUAUUCAGAAUCACUUGUAAAUAGUCUGCUUUAAAAGGAAGGCAUGUUUAGUUUUCUAUGAAUUACAACACACUCAUGCGUGGGCGUGCACACACAUUAGCAGAGGGAUUGAUUUUAAUAUUCUUUCCCCUCUGGCCUUCUUACAGUCUGUUGGCCCCUUUUCUUCUGCUGUCAGUGUGUUGAGUUACAAACCGUGUACUGCUGUAAAUGCUAUGUUUACUUCAUGCUGAAUGUUUGCAAAGAGUUGAUAUAAGUAUUAAUAGUAAUGAAUUAAUGAAUAAAUAAUGGGCCAGAGUGUGUGAGGCUUCCUGCAAAUAGGUCAGCUCCACCUGGAGUGCUGAUUGCUGGGGACACUUCCAGUUCUGUGGUGCCCAUCAACAGAUUCCAGUGGCAUGGUAUGAGUGGACCAUUCAGCUAGUUCUGCUUUACUUCCUGGAAAGGAAAAAGAAAAGGAAAGGGUGGGGGUUUGGGGCUAACAUCCUGAGGCAAAGAUGGUCUUUUUCUUGUGGUGGUGGUGGUGGUAGCAGUGGUGCUUAUGUCACAAUUAUGCCUUUUCUUGGGUCUCAAUUGAGGAUGAGAGAAUGUAUUGAGUAAGCAAAGCCAAUGGAGAAUAUUUCACGAAAAUACUUUGUAAAUGAGUUGUCAGUAGUGUUCAAAGUUGUAUUUUUAAAAGAUAAAUAUUCCUUUUUUAUACCUCA